AUGUUAUCAGGCCAGGCGAGAUUCGCUCGCUGCGGCCUCCAGCGCGGGGCCCCCCGGCUGCGCCCUCCGCCGGGCCGCUGGGACUGCGGGGGGCGCCCCAGGAACCGGCCCCGCGGCCAGGUGCCGGGCCGCCCGCCCCAGCGGGUUCGCGGCCGGGGGCUGGGCGAUCACAGCCUUCGCUAUGCCCGGGCACAGACUUCAACCCUCCCCGGGCAGGCCGCGCGAGGGACGCCCCGCCAGCCACUCCCCAGUGCCGCCGGCGGGACUCCCGGCCACUGGAACCCCGGCUGCCCCUCACCCUGCGCGGGGAGCCGCCCCGCACGCCGGGGCUGGUUUAUUUAUGUUGAUCUCAAGGCCUUUUCUCCUCGGUGGCUUUUAGAUUUGUUGUUAAUGGACAGGAAAUUCCCGGGAGGGACCGAUGUGAACAAAUCUUGUCCCGCUCCUAACUGGGGAGGGGCGGGGGCCGGUGCCUGCCCUCCAAGAGCCUUUGCCAGGAGAGAAGCCCUCAGAGGCCGGUUCUUCUGGGCAGCCCCUUCCCCUGCAAACAACGUGUUCACGGGGCUCCUGGGGACCCGCAGCCCCGCAAGCAGCGCUAUCAGCGGAAACCUGAAAGCAGCAGGCUGUGUGCGAGCAGGCAGGAGGGCCCAGGCGGCACUGAUGGACAGGAGGUUACGCCAGCCAUGCCAGGUUUUGAUGGCUCAAGGGGACCAGUGGAUGUUUUACAUGGGUGAGACCACGGCCCUGCUGGGAGAAGCAGGGGGGAGUGGACAUUCUCAGCUGCAACAGCUACAGGGUUCGGAGUGGAGGUUUGUUUCUUAUUGGCACUCGCCUCCUUUGGAAAUGACCUUCUCUGAUGAAACAGUUUGUGACGUGAGUUCAUCAGGACGGCGUCUCUGCAGGGACUUUGGGGAGAGGACCUCAGAGUGCUCCAUUCCUCGAACUAGGCUUCACUGGAUCAUCCAUAUAAACCAUAUGCAUCCGUUUGCUAAUUAGCACCUUUCUUUGCAGGGAAUAACUGAGGGGCUUUGGUUUCACACUGGUUCACAUUCUGAGCUCCCCCCUCACACACACUCUGGAUUUACACUGGGGUGAGUGAAAGCAGGAUCUGGCCUACUGGGUGCAAAGGAGUCAGGAAGCAGGUGUAAACAGCAAACCCAAUGAGCAGUCAGCGGGGAAGGGUGGUCCGCCACCACCCUACCCUUCCCACCCGGGCAGAGUGAGCACAAAAGGCCAGCACAGGAGCACGGCGGCCUGGGACGCCCACCCGGCACUGGUGAAAGUGACCACACAGAGUGCAGGGCAGAGGCACAUCGGGCCGUGGGUGUGCAAAGCCAGCGGCGUCUCGCCACAUUCAGCCUGGUGGCAACGCCCAGAGACCAGUGGCCGUGGCCUCUCACUCCAGGAUUUACAGACGCCUGAGCGAGAGUGGAACUGGGCUCCGCGGAGCCACACGGGGCAUGAUUUGGGCCCUAAUUACUUCCCCAAAGCAGCCUCAGGAGCCAGUGUGGUUUUUCAGAGAAUCUUCCCUCCCCCUGCUUUCCUCUAGUAGCCAGAGAGCGGAGCGGUGUGUGUUUGGGUUGUGUGUGUCUUCCAACCGCAACAAAUAUUUCAUUCAAUUUCUCUAACCCCCUUGGCUGUGGUAUUUAAACAGCAGGCGUGGUCCUGGCACUCCUCGCCAAAACCAACACUCGCUUCAGACCAGAUAACCCUGCAAGCAAACAAGCCACCGAGGCCAUGCCAAGCUGCAGCGGAAACCUGAUGGGGCAGCUGCCAGGGGGCAAAGAGGGGCAGAAUCCACCUGAGCCUGCCUGGGGAUGGGAUUGGGGGAGAGUGACCAGAUAGCAAGUGUGACAAAUUGGGACCUGUUUUUUGGGGGGGAAAGGGGGAAAUUGGGACACUUCUUUUGUGGGGGUACAGUUGCUUAUGUAAGACCAAGCCCCUAAUAUCGGGACUGUCAAGAUACUGUAGACCAGGGCCCGAGAGGAGGCAGAAGCAGAACAGGGACAUAACUGGGUGCUGGACAAGGCAGUUGAAGAGCUGGUGUGUUUUCAAGAGCUCCUCAAAGCAAGUGUUGCAAAACAAAAAGUGAAAAUGAAACCUCGUUGUCGGUGUGGAGGAGUCUGGCGUUUCGGGCAGAACUUUAUUGUGAUUGUUAAUAAUCAUUUCUUAUUAACUAGUGCUGGUUGACAUGUUUUGGUCAAAAAGUUGGAGGCUUUUUACAUUGAAAAUGGCUUUUCCAUCACGCCAACCGUUGUUGAUUUUUGCAUUUUGUUUGAAUUUGUGUGUUUUUUUCCAUGACAAUUUUCAAAAUGAAUAUUUGUGUUUCGUUAAAAAAAAUGUCGUUUUAGGUUUU